AUGCACGACAGCACAAAGCUCAGCAAACAUGCCGCUGCUUCCACACGCGGGGGAGAAGAAGCCAGGCACCUUGAGGCGCUCACGGAUGCUGGCAAGGUCAACAUUGAUCUGCUGCUCAUCAAGGCGACGUCGACGCUCAACCUGCUCGACAUCUUCAGGAGGACCUACGACGGCUCGCACACGGACCUGCCCUACGUCAUCUACCAGAAGGUGAAGAAGUUCUCCAUCACGCCCUACAAGGAGAGCGAGACCGGCGAGCUCGAGGAGGUCGAAGAGAUCAUUGACGUCGAUGGCGAGCUCAAGGGCUGUACGCCGUUCACCUGCGAAGUGAUGCCUCAGACGUUGCGGAUUGUUCUCUAA